AUGGGUGGGGUGGAAACUGAUAAACUUCUCCAGAAAUCGUUAGUGAGUGACGGACUUAUUAAUGCUAUUAAGGAAACAUUGUUAUCAGUCGAUUUCGUGGGGCAAUUUUGUCAAGGUAUUGUUAUGUCAGAAUCAUUCAUGCAUGGGAUCUCAGAGGUAAUUCAUCAAAGAGUUGACAUGCAGGCGAAAGAUGUUCAAGAGCAGUUGAAAGUAGCAAAUGAGCGAAUCGUGAAAUUAACAAAUAAAUUGAAUGACACUGAACAAUAUAGCAAACGGCGAGAUCUCAUUAUUACAGGAAUUCCUAUGAAGCAAAGGGAAGAUACAACGUCAAUUACUGUAGAUCUGACUAAAUCUCUUGGCAUGAAAAUUGUCGUUAAAGAAAUCUACACCACACAUCGACUACCUGUUCGCCGUAUAGAUUCUACUCAACCAAUAAUUGUAAGUUUUGUACGUGCUGAUGACCGUCAAGCGAUAUAUUCGAAACGUAAACAGCUGAAAGAGAUGCAAAAUUAUAAACAAGUGUUCAUCAAUGAGCACUUAACAUUAAUAAAUAAUAAUAAGGAAAAAAUUGGAUAA